AUGAAGGGCGCACCUGAGAGGAUUCUGGACCGCUGCUCCACCAUCAUGCUGCAGGGCAAGGAGCAGCCCAUGGACGAGGAGCUGAAGGAGGCCUUCCAGAACGCCUACAUGGAGCUGGGGGGACUGGGAGAGCGAGUGCUGGGCUUCUGCCACCUGCUCAUGCCUGAGGACCAGUACCCCAAAGGCUUCGCCUACGACUGCGACGACGUCAACUUCCAGACAGACAACCUGUGCUUCGUGGGCCUCAUGUCCAUGAUCGACCCUCCCCGUGCCGCCGUGCCCGACGCUGUGGGGAAAUGCCGCUCUGCCGGCAUCAAGGUCAUCAUGGUCACCGGGGAUCACCCAAUCACAGCCAAGGCCAUCGCCAAGGGAGUUGGCAUCAUCUCCGAGGGCAACGAGACGGUCGAGGACAUCGCUGCUCGUCUGAACAUUCCUGUCAGCCAGGUCAACCCCAGGGAUGCCAAGGCAUGUGUGAUCCACGGUACAGACCUGAAGGACCUGAGCCAGGACCAGAUGGACGACAUCCUGAGGAACCACACUGAGAUCGUGUUCGCCAGGACCUCCCCCCAGCAGAAACUCAUCAUCGUGGAGGGCUGUCAGAGACAGGGCGCCAUUGUGGCCGUGACAGGCGACGGCGUCAACGACUCUCCCGCUCUAAAGAAGGCCGACAUCGGCGUCGCCAUGGGGAUCUCAGGGUCCGACGUGUCCAAGCAGGCGGCCGACAUGAUCCUGCUGGACGACAACUUCGCCUCCAUCGUCACUGGCGUGGAAGAGGGUCGUCUGAUCUUCGACAACCUGAAGAAGUCCAUCGCCUACACCCUGACCAGCAACAUCCCUGAGAUCACCCCCUUCCUGUUCUUUAUCAUCGUCAACAUCCCCCUGCCCCUGGGCACCAUCACCAUCCUCUGUAUCGACCUGGGAACAGACAUGGUGCCAGCCAUCUCCCUGGCGUACGAGUCAGCCGAGAGUGACAUCAUGAAGCGCCAGCCCAGAAACCCUGCCAGGGACAAGCUGGUGAACGAGAGGCUCAUCAGCAUCGCCUACGGACAGAUCGGUAUGAUCCAGGCUCUGGGAGGCUUCUUCUCCUACUUUGUGAUCCUGGCUGAGAAUGGCUUCCUGCCUUCUAUCCUGGUGGGCAUCAGGCUCAACUGGGACGACCGCGCCUGCAACGACCUGGAGGACAGCUAUGGACAGCAAUGGACUUACGAACAGAGAAAGAUCGUGGAGUUCACGUGCCACACAGCCUUCUUCGUCAGCAUCGUGGUGGUGCAGUGGGCCGAUGUCAUCGUCUGCAAGACCAGGCGUAACUCUGUCUUCCAGCAGGGCAUGAGGAAUAAGAUCUUGAUCUUUGGCCUGUUUGAAGAGACGGCCCUGGCUGCCUUCCUGUCUUACUGCCCCGGCAUGGACGUGGCACUCAGAAUGUACCCACUAAAGCCCAGCUGGUGGUUCUGUGCGUUCCCCUACAGUUUCCUCAUCUUUGUGUAUGACGAGGUCCGAAAACUGCUCCUCCGCCGGAAUCCAGGAGGUUGGGUGGAAAAGGAGACAUACUAUUGAUCAAUGGAAAGCUUCUUUACUCAAACCCCUACAUCAUCCAUUUAUUUCUCCCCUGCCAAGUCCCCCCCCCCCACCCACCCCGUCACUCCAUCCUGGCAGAACAAACUUUCAGAUACCCCCCCCGCACCCCCUUAAAAGACGACAACCGCUUUCAAGCAAUUUUCAUCUCGACUGCCCCAAAGAUUAAAAGCAGCAAAAACACCUUUCCCACUUUCUACCAUCAACCACCACCGCCCUCCCCCACCGCCCUCCCCCACAGCCCUCCCCAUCCCUUUAUGAUACUCUUUGCAUGUGUUCUCUCACUGCUGUGUACAUAAACCAAUAUAUCUACCAAAACGGCAGCUGCAUAUUGUGUAUGUAGAUUUGAAUGGGCUAAGAUGCAACGGGAGUGUCUACGCUCUGCAACUAAGGGCCAUCCUGCUCCCUCUCCCUCUACACGCCCCGCCACCCCCCUCCCCCGCCUACAUCCGUUCCUUCCCCCUUUCCCCUCCCUCCCCCCCCGUGCCCCGUCGCUUGUCCUCCGACCACACAGUUAUAAAGAUCACAAGCGAGAUUCCACCUCUGCCUCCCCCCCCCCCCCUCCCCCCAGUCGAAGCUGAGCGCCUCCUCGCUGUCUGCAGGGGAAGAGCAGAGCAUCUCUCUCUCCGUCUCUCUCUCACUCCGUCCAUCUCCGUUCUCUCUUCAUUUCUUCACAGUGUUGUUGUUUUUUUAAUAUGUGGUAUUGGGAGGGUCGAUUUUUGGUUUUACUUUUUUAUUUCUGUGACAGGAGGGGGAGUUUGUGUGAGAGCUGCUUCCUUCAUUUAGGGUCAAACGCAGCACAUCCCAUAGUGUCCCAGUCCUCCUCGCUCCCCAAACCUAGUCUCUCUCUCUCUCACUCACACUCCUCCCCCUCCCUCUGCCCUGUUUGUCUCUGUUUGUGUGCACUGUGUGAACCAUUGUCCUUGUUACCUACUACAGUACACUUCCCAGUUGGAAAAAUACAGUCUUAACAAUCUUUCUGUGUGUUCUAGAAGAAAAAAAAAAUACAAUAUUAUUCUAUACAGAUUUAAAAGAAAUAAAAUAAAAAAUAAACACAUGUUGGAAAUAAACAGCUCUAAAAGAGGCAUUCGUGACAAGAGCAUCCACAUUGCCGUGGCCGGAGAUGAGGGGGAUUCUCUCCCUCUCUCUUUCCUUUCUCUUUUUCGUUUGGUUUUGAUUCCGUUUUUUUUUUGGCUCGGGUUUCCAGUAAGUCGACAUAACUACAAAAUCAAAAGUAAACGGGAGUUUGGUUGUGUUUUUAUUAAGAAGCGUGAGACCAAAACCACAACGCUCCCUUGUUCAUAGUCCCUACUGUUGAUGUUGCCAGGGUGACGCAGCGUGGGGUGGGGUGUGAUGUUGCUCAAUCCCAUCUUCCCAGGGUCCACGGUCCAGGUUCCUGGUCCAGGGCCCCAGGUCUCACGUUCUGUGUGAAUGUUUGUGUUGGAGACCAGCUGAGAGACGACAGGGAGGCCUCAGUUUGGGGUGACUCUGUGGGCUGUGGGGGUAGAGACUAAA